GUGAUGAAAGGGUGAGAUGAAGUCAAUUUAAAAAGGAGCAAGAGAAACUCUUUUAUUGUAGACACAAAUGAUUGGCUGUAACAAGCUUGCAAAAACAAAUUGUUUGUUCUCUACGUUUUCCGUUUACUGUCCUAUGUUGUCCAGCAGAAAAGACCAGACUCUGGUUUGAAUUAUUUUGCUGUUUUAAUAUCUCUGUUCGCAGCCAGCAGCUGCCCAGCAAUCUCGUUUUACUACUUAUUGUUGUCAUUGUCUUCCAUCUCUUAUUGGAAACCUCACCAGUAGAAUAUACUUGCCAUAAAGGGCAGAAAUCUCAUGAAACUGCAGUGAGUCUGUGAAAAGAAAAUGACAUAUAGGGUUUGACAGACUGAGUGACUUGCUUAAGCAGGCAUCGAGGAACAGGCUGGAGUCUUGCGAGAAUCUGCUGCAGUGCUACUCGACUCAGGACGACACGGGAGAAUUCUAGUAGAGGAAUGGUCCAGGCAUACGACCUUACACAUGGCAUUUAGCCAAGUCAUCAGAGGCACAGCCUGAGGCCGCUAUGAUGCACUAUUCAUCAGGAUGUUUCAGCUUGUCAUGGCACUCAGGAUAUGACACCAGUGACUAUCCUGCACAGUGGGAUCAAUUAGCUCUUCGUCGAAACACAGAUCAGAGGAGUUCAUUUGGAAGUAUGGACAGUCUUGACCAGCCCGGUCAAAACUGUGACCAAGGCACAUAUCCUAAUAAAAGGGACUCUGCCUACAGUUCCUUUUCUGCAAGUUCUAAUACCUCUGACUAUACUUUGUCAUCGUCAGUGAAGACUGAUGAAUCAGCCUCCAUGGACAGCAUACUACACGGCCUAGGGCCAUGGCUACCAACCAGGUAUGGAGAUGCCCAGUGCCUUCAAAAUGGAAGUGAAGGCAGGGAACGGCCAGUUGAAGAGCAGCCUUGUUCUCACUGUGGAAAAGGAUCAUCUGCAAGUGGCAACACAUUGUCAUCCCAUGCUCAAGAAGAUAGUGCUUCAAGUUCUACCAAAUCAGCACCUCCCGCACCGCCAGUUCGCAGAGAAAGUUUUGUAGCAGCCAAAGCUCGCUCUGCAUCCCUGUGCAUGACAAAUUCUGAGGCACUUGCAGCAACAAACCUGCUGCUUCAUUCGGGAAGGUGUGCUUCUGAAACAUUGUUAUCUACAAAAGAUAAAGAUUCUGAAGUACGGUAUUUUGCCAGUGUUCCAAAGUGCUCUGUCGGUACUACCCUGCACUCCCGUAAACCAAUCUCUGGUCAUUGUCCAGUAGAAUGUUGCUGCUUGUUAAGGCAACAACCAAGACAACAUUGCCAUUCUCGGAGCCAAAGUGAAAAAAAUACUUCACAUGAAAAUACAACAUUCUCUAGAAAAGCCAGUCGUUAUUUGAUGGAGCAGUUGGACUUAUGCAAUUUGAUUGAGCCGUCAUUUGUCACAAGUCACUAUGUAAGCCUGGGUCAAGUGAAGCAGAACGAGAGGUUGCCUUUGAAUUUGCAUAGACACAGUGCACCUGAAAAGUUGUUAACAGCACAAAUGCAUUCAUUACCGAUUGCAGUCUGUGGUAAAAUUGAUUUGAGAGCACAGUGUCAUCAGGAAAGUCAUCAAUGGGCCAACUGUGCGUCAACGUCUCAACAGGAGCAUCAGUCCAACAUAGAGCAUACUCAUAAAGCUUUAAAUAAAAUUGAUUUUUCACCAGAAGAGCAAAUGGAAGAGAAUUCCUUGAAUCCUGAAUCCGUACCAAAACAGAAGCAACAAGAAAUUGAAGUAGCCAAUUGUGAUCACUCUAAGGAUACUCAGCUACAGUCUUCUCCUUGCAAGGGUGAGCCGAACAAUGUAAGUUGUAGAAGUGCUUCUCUCCAAAGUGCAGCCCAGCAGCAAAACUCGCAUUUGCCUCCUAGACCACCAGAUCAAAUGAUUGAGGGUCAAAGUGGCAAUACUUUGGAAGAUGAGACAGAAAUGGAAGAGGCAAAGAUUGAAACUGACAGAAAUACUCGAGUGUGUUGUUCGAGAGUAGCUAGAAUGCGGCGCAAAAGUGACCGUUUUGCUACAAGUUUGCGUAAUGAAAUACAAAUGAAGAAAGCUCAGUUGCAGAAAAACAAGAGUGGAACUGUGCUGUUACAAAUGGAAGAAGAUUCAGAAGAACUGGAUGACUUGAGAGAGAAGCCAUCCAAUUCCUAUACAUGUAUUGCUGGUGAGUCUGAUUACGGUGGCUCAGCAGAAGUUGUUACAGGCACAAAAUCGCAGACCACAAAACCUAACAAAACUCUGGACAAUUUGGAAGAGGUUCAUAAGGCAGGAAGUAUAUAUUUCUGCCCAUUGACUGAAAACUCCCGUAUUCCACAAAGCAGACGCAAAACAAGUUUGUUAUCCCAAGAUAUUGAGGAACAGAAGACUGUGCAAGAAGUGAUUGGAACUAGCCAGUGUAGAUGGAUGCCACAUGAUGGAUGGGAGUCGCAAAGUAAGGCAGUAAAGGACGUCAGUGUUGAUAAGACAAAAACUUGUGCAGCAGCAGUGCCACAGGAACCAGAUACAUCUCCACUUGUGUCCUUUGCAGAGAGAAGAAAAUUUUUUGAAGAGACUAGUAAAAAUUUUUCUGCCUCUGAUACUUACAAUUUUGUGAAACCUCAGAGCAAAUCAAAUACGUUAGGAAAAUCUAAAGGGCAGAGUUUUGGCAACAAAUUACAUGUGCUCCCAAAUGAUCACCUGAGACAAUCUGUGAAGGAAGUGUUCCAACACCCCUCCUGUAGAGUCAGUCAAGAUUCUGGGCAAGAUCCCAUAUGUUCACCUAGAAAUCUGGAGCAAGCAAUUCAUCAUGGACAAGGAAAUAAGUUUUAUAAGCAGGAAUGUGAACAUUUGGAACCUCUGAAACUGAGUAAAUCAAGCACUUUAAAAGACCAUCGUAUUUCUCAUGUUCAGCAGAUGCAACAUUCUGAUCCGACUCCAAAACUGCAUUAUCAAUAUUUCCUUCCAGAUAACAGUCACCUGGAAGAUCCUCAUCCCACCCUAAGGUCCAACCAGUUGCAACCUUCUUUUCCUGAGGGAUAUCCGGUGGAAAAACUAAAUCAGACUGAAGUAAUAAACAGGAAGUUUACUGCAACAGAAAGAGAGAUGAAGAAUCUGAGUAUUGGUAACUUGCAAGAAAUAUUUCCUGAAAUGAAUUCAAAAGAAAGCAUCAAGGAUGAGCAGGACAAUCCAGAACUAGAAACGUCUGCUUGGGAGAGGCCCAGCAAAGCUGCUACACUGCCAGAGAAUUUCUCCGAGUACAGCCCAGCAUACCCACUAAGGGAAGUGGUUGCAUACACAUGUUGCACAGGCCAUAUUAGUUGUGAAUCGCUGGAUACAUUGAAUAAGUUUGACGGGAAGUUUGCUCCACGUGAUUCAGAGAUGAAUAGACUUGAUGAUUUAACCAGCAACAAACUGACAAAAAGGCCCCCGCCGCAAAGACCACCACCACCAGAUUUGCAAAAAUAUCGAUUGCAGAAACCGUCCCAGCACGAGCUGGUGGAUUUGGAGGGGUGCCAGUCCCGGAAACCGUCCCAGCACGAGCUGGCGGAUUUGGAGAGGUGCCAGUCCCGGAAGCUGUCCCAGCACGAGCUGGUGGAUUUGGAGGGGUGCCAGUUCCGGAAACCGUCCCAGCAUGAGCUGGCGGAUUUGGAGAGGUGCCAGUCCCGGAAGCUGUCCCAGCAUGAGCUGGCGGAUUUGGAGAGGUAUCAGUCCCGGAAAUUGUCCCAGCACGAUCUGGCGGAUUUGGAGAGGUGCCAGUCGCGGAAGCUGUCCCAGCAAGAGCUGGUGGAUUUGGAGGGGUGCCAGUCCCGGAAACCGUCCCAGCAUGAGCUGGCGGAUUUGGAGAGGUGCCAGUCCCGGAAGCUGUCCCAGCACGAGCUGGCAGAUUUGGAGAGGUGCCAGUCGCGGAAGCUGUCCCAGCACGAGCUGGCGGAUUUGGAGAGGUGCCAGUCGCGGAAGCUGUCCCAGCACGAGCUGGCGGAUUUGGAGAGGUGCCAGUCGCGGAAGCUGUCCCAGCACGAGCUGGCGGAUUUGGAGAGGUGCCAGUCGCGGAAGCUGUCCCAGCACGAGCUGGCGGAUUUGGAGAGGUGCCAGUCGCGGAAGCUGUCCCAGCACGAGCUGGCGGAUUUGGAGAGGUACCAGUCCCGGAAGCUGUCCCAGCACGAGCUGGCGGAUUUGGAGAGGUACCAGUCCCGGAAACUGUCCCAGGAUUUGGAGAGGUGCCAGUCCCAGAAACUGUCCCAGGAUUUGGAGAGAUGCCAGUCCCGGAAACUCUCCCAGCACGAGGUGGUGGAUUUGGAGAGGUGCCAGUCCCAGAAACUAACACAACAGGAAAAAAUAACAGAUGUAAAUAAUGACCAGACCUGGAAACCAUCUCAAAAUCAAGUGCAAGAAUUACCCAAAUAUCACCUUCGGAAGCUGUCUCUACAUGAUUUGCCAGAUUUAGAAACUUACCAGACCCGGAAAUUAUCAUUACAUGAUUUUCCAGAUUUGGAAAAAUACCAGUCCUGGAAUCGGUCUCGAGAUGAAUUGCCAGAUUUGGAUAAAUGUUGGUCACGGAGGGGUUGUCAUUGUGAAUUAGAUCCUCCAUUGAUUUCACAUCCCACAUCAAUUAAUUGGAAAAGGCCAGAACAUAUUUGUGACAGAGACACAUUGGGUUAUUCAGACCUCUCUUCAAGACCUGGAUCUGCUAUGGACAAUACAACAUUGUAUUCUCAUCCAUCACAAUUGGGUGCGGACUACAUAACGAGCCUCGAGUACAGGUUUCCAAGAUCAGAUUUCAAUGAUCCAAGAUGCUUAGUAUCCGUCUCAGCUGUUCCAGUUCCAGGUGAACAUUUGAUCCCGCCCCUAUAUAGCUAUAAGUCACAGAGGCCAAUGAUGAAAUUGGUAACAUCCCCGGAGAGUGAUACUGCACCAAGAACUCAAAAAUUCAUAUCUCCAAUGGGGGAGAUGAUAUCCAGAGGUGGUAGAAACUGGCCCUUUAAAGGCCUGUAUUUCCCAUACAACAUGCCGUUUUCAAAGAAUGAAAUGGAUCUGGGCUGUCAGAGAUGUGGAGAGUCAUAUUUCGGUGUUGUCAACAGACAAGAUGAGAGGUGGGAAGAUUCUGAGAUUUACAUAAAACCUAUCACCACACCACUAAGCAACGCCAUUAAAAGUCCUUCUCGGGAACCCAGUGAGGCAAUUGAGACUGUGAGAUGCAGUUCAAGUGCGCAGAGCAGACCAUCUGCCGAGCUAACUUCAGAGGAGCUGGUGCGGGACAUUGCAGAAAAAGACCGAUCUCUGGCAGACAUUCUGGAUCCAAACUCGAAGAUGAAGAGUGCUGUAGAUUUGAUAGGUGGAAUCUUCCCAGAAAGCAAAGAGCAACUGUCACGGGCACACGAGCACAAGAAACGGAAUCGACCACAGCUGUGUCUGAAUGUUGACCAGGAGAAGUGUACUGCACAGGCCACAUCCCCAACAGCGAUCAUUAGCUCAACUUCUUGCUCUGCCUAUUAUAGCACAUCUGCUGCGAAGGCCGAGCUGUUGAACAAAAUGAAGGACUUUCCAAAUAUGGCUGAAGAGUGUUUGGAGGAGGAGGAAGAAGAGAACAAGUUGAUAGAAAAGAAGCAACAACUAAUUAGCAGCCUUAGCAGGAAACUCUCUGUGUUACAUGAAGCCCAGAAGAGCCUCUUGGAAGACAUAAGUGCAAACAUUGCAUUGGGAGAAGAGGCUGAAAGAUUGGUCAAGAAUGUCUGCAAACCAAAUGAGUUUGAUAAGUACCGAAUGUUUAUCGGGGAUUUGGAUAAAGUUGUGAACCUGUUGCUGUCUCUCUCGGGCCGACUUGCUCGAGUGGAAAAUGCUUUAAAUAACCUGGAUGUUGACAUGAGUGAAGAAGAAAGGCAUGUGUUGACUGAAAAGAAAAAGCAACUUUUAGCUCAGCUGGAAGAGGCCAAAGAGCUGAAGGAACAUGUGGAUCGCAGAGAACAAGCUGUUCAUAAUAUCCUAGUCAAGCACCUGUCAGAGGAGGAGCUGCAGGAUUACACUCACUUUGUAAAGAUGAAAUCUGCCCUCAUCAUUGAACAGAGAGAGCUGGAGGACAAAAUCAAACUUGGCGAGGAGCAGCUCAAGUGUCUGAGGGAGAGUUUAUCCUUCCGAGCAUGCUAAAAUGGCAACAUUGAAAUGCAGAACACUUUAACUUUGGUCUAAAUCAUUAAACUGAAAUGCUUCAAAAUUUAACAAUGAAUCCUUUAUCAAAUGUGUUCAUAUUCAAUGGUUUUUAAAUCUGUAUAUGUUCCCUAUUUGUUACAAACUGUUAGAAUUAUGAAUAUUAGUCAUGCUUAUCCUACUAACUGACAUUCUUCAGUGAAACCUGCUUAUGUGAAAGUAAGGGAGUAUUGGCUUCUCCCAAUUGGUAAGGAUAACCACUGGAGUAGCAGGUUAUAGAAUCAGGAAGACCCCAAGUUGCAUCAUCCACAUAUCGGAUUGUCUAAUUUUAGUUGAGUGUGUCUCAAGUUUCCCAAAUGGUCUCUAGUUUCAGAGCUGGAAAAUAAUGUUAGUUCUGGUUUUAUCCAAUAACCUGUUGGAAAAUGCAGAUGUUGGCUGAGAAAAUUUUGGGCUUUGCUAAGUAACUGCUUAAUUGAUAACAAUCUGCUGAUAUUUGAUGUCUGAGAUCAUGAUGAAAGAUGUUUAAUUGAGCAAGGUACUGGAGGGUUGCCAGUCCAAGUGAAAUCUUAUUUUCGUAAGUAUUGGUCUGUUGAGCAGAGGAUGAUGAGGAUAUAAAAGAAGAAUUUUGAGAUUAAAUAAAUAGCAUGAAUUCAGGAUUUGCAAAAGUAAUCCCUAACAGCUGAUUUUUUUUGCCAAUGCAUUUUCUUGAAUUGAACUGUACCCUAUAUAAAAGAAACCAGUCAGAAUCAGCCUCUCCCUCCCCCCCCCAUUAAAUUCUUUCUUUUUCAAUCAGUGCUGUCAUUGUAAAUUAAAGUUGUAACUAAUUGAUUUUUUUUUUAAAAUUCCAUUUUGUUUUAAAGUUACGUUUCACUUAAAGCCUGCUUCGGGGCAUACUACCUUAUUGAUACAUGGGUCACCAAACGUAUCCUUGACAAAAAUAUCAUAGAAAUGGCUACCUUAAAAAGUAAUUGUCAUUUGUACUUUUAUUUCAAUCACUGGUAAGCAACAGACCAAUGGCUAAUUUAUUUAAUGUGAUUUUUAAUAAUAUUGAAAUCACUUUUUGGUGGACAGUUUCUGCCACUUUGCAGACAAAAUAAUCCUGAAGAAACCACGUUAUUUUACAUGAAGUUCAAACAAUUAGGUGAUUUUUUGCUUCCAUAAACCAUAUUCUUUUCCAUGCAUAUAAAUACUGCCCAAAAUUAUCUGUUGCUGUACAAAGACAAUAGGGUACCAUUCAAAUGUGUAACUCUUGGAUAGAAAUGCAUUAGUUCCCUCUGAUAGUAAAUAUACUAUUCAGUGUAUAAAUGACAACAGAGGCCAGAAGAGUUUAAGUUUUGAUCCUUGGGCUGUUCUAAGGUAACUUGCCUUAACUGGGAUGGGAUUGAAAAUUAACCACAGUUGCAGCACCUGAGAACUAUUCAGCGACGUUUCUGGAGAAAUGUGAAUGUAGAUGUUGAGUAAGUACAGGAUUAGCUUCCAUGGUAAAAUAGUCUCUCUUUACUGAACAUGUGCCCACCCUCCAACCAUGGCCAUUUUGUCAAGAUAGUGUAAGUUAGUUCACAGCCAUAUUGCUGAUGGUCACUUCUACACUAAGUUAAAAUUGCCAAUUAAACUAUCAGUUAAUUUCAGACAAAAUAAUCUGCUUGAUUCAAUCAGCAAAUUAGUCCUAAUUUCAGAAUUCAGUGUUGCACUUAACAAUUGCAGAAAAGAAUUGUUAAAUGACAAUAGUGUACUCCAAUUCUUUGUGACGUCUGUAUAUAAUAGAAUAUAGUGUGCUUGUGACAUCCAGUGGCAAAUAUCAGUAUUACAAUAUAUUUUUUUCCCUUCCAAUAUCAGCUGAUCCGUUGCAAAUGGUUUCAGUUCUCUCUAAAUGAUUACUUGAAGCAGAAACAACCUAUUGCACAGGUUGAACUGUGGAUUGAUUGAUCAUUUGUCUUCAUCAAUAUCAAUACCAUCUAACUGGCAACUAUUUUUUUCAUCAGAAACGGUGGUUGUGAUAAAUUUUAAAAAAAGCAUUGCACACUAAUGGCCGCUAACACUCAAGUAAGAACAAAGUGGUGACAUAUUCCUAAUAGUUGUGUUAAAAUAAUGAAGGAAUAUUAAAACCUCCAUUGGAUAAUGGGAGGUUUGAAUGAUUGUUGUGCCGUUUGUUACAUUUUGCACAGACUGUAACUACUUUUGUUUCGUGUAGACUUAUAUGGGAAGGAGGAAUUUUUCAGACUGUUUCUCAUGUUGUUAGUCUGAAGCUUUUAUUCAAAAACUGGAAUAAUUGAAUUUCUGCCAAAAGGAAUUACAAGGCUGCUUUUAUUGUUUUGUACUGCAAUUUACUGUAUUUCAUCAGACCUUCAAUUGAGGUACCUCAAUCAGUAUUCAAUGCAUGCAAAAGGUUUUUGCUGGAUAUAUGUAGAAUUGGUGUUUUGAGUAUUACCUUUCAUGUUGGAGGUGAAUGAUUGAGGCACAAAAUGUGCAAAUGGAGAGGUUUAAUGUCUGGGAAACUUUAAAUUACUUGGCAUGAUUUAUAACUUUCAAAAAUAUUCUUAUUUCCCAGCUGCAGUUAAAGGUGACAUUGCUAGGCACCUAAGUCAUUGGGAAGGGGUUAGACAGAUGCCUGGAAGGUUAGAGGGGUGUGGUGCAAUAGAGGAGAUUGGCCAUUUGCUAUAAUGGAUGAAGGGUUGGUUGGACAGAUAACUGGGGAGGGUUAAACAGACAGUAGUGAAUGUCCAACAGAUCAUGGAGCAGGUUUCCUUAUUGAGCUGGCAGAAGACACGCUUGCUUCUGUUCUGUAGGUAUGGUGUACCUGAUGAAUCCAUUUCUUCACACCACCCUCAAGCCUGGGAAAUGUAACCUGCUGGUCUUAGAAACAAACCUUUUGUUAAAAUGGAGGCUUGUGGUCUCUUUGGAAUUUUACAAAAUGCAAAAUAUUUUAAACUUCCCACUCACAUCCUCUUCCAUCUCCUGAAAGCAAUUUGAUUGCAUGGUUUCCAAUCUGACACAUUCAUUUAAACUACAAUUGGGCUGGUUGUGAUAAAAUUUCCAAAAUUUCACUUUAGUCUCCCCUCAUGUCACUCCCAUCACCUUCCUCAUCACCUUGGGUAACUAAAAUAUUUCUAGGGUACUCGAACCACAUUUCUUUAGAUCUUUGAUUGUGAAAUUACAGCACGUGAACACUUAAAUUGUAUGAUGUUCUUCCAUUCAUUAUUUUUCUUCAGAGACACUUUAUUUUCAGUAUUUACGUUUUUAACUUAGUUUGACUUUUAGCUCUGUAUGAUUUACAAAUAUUUCAGAGGACAAAAAUAAUUAUACAUCUAAGCUAACAGCACUGAUUUGAUUUCAGAGUUCAGCUUUGAAAUCAUUGGCAGUAUUGCUUUGAACCUUGCAGUAUGAUAUUCUUCUAUCUGCUGUUCUAAAUCAGGAUUUAACAUAUUUAUUUUAAAUCUUUGCUAAAAUAUCAGAUACAAGAGCACCAUACAAACAUGUCAUCUUGUUUCAUUUUCCAGAUAAUCAUUGAAACUGUGAUAUACGGUUUAAUCUUUCAUUAGAAUGUUGUUUUGAUGUGGGAGUUGGUUUAUCAAAUCGAAUGAAGGCUUCCCUUAACUUACAAUUGGAACCACCUUACCACUUUUCCUGCUCUGCAAUCUGUUUGUGACUGCUUGUGUCUUUACCCGUAGACAGUAAGGAGAGAUAUUGGCAAGUGGAAUACACAAUGUACCAUUCCAAUAUGUUGUUACUACCUAUAUUCUAGAGGAGGAAGUAAUCCUCAAAAAUCAAUUAGUGGUGAUAUGCAUUAAUUCCACAAUUACUGAUUCAACAAUGCCCUGAAAUUUUUGGGAAUUUUUUACGCGAUUGCAUGUAACUUUUUCUUUAUUCCCACAUUAUUUUUACUGUUAUUGAUGUCUGUUUCAUUUUUAAUCAAAAUAACAUGCUAUCUCUUCUAAAUAGAUCAGUGAAGAAACAUUUGUUUUAAAACUCAUAGGUUAUCGUUUUGGGUUGUUUGAUACUUAUUAUCCAUUUUGGAAAUAAGAUCUAGUUUCAUAAAAAUUAAUCUUGAGAUUGCAUAAUAACCUAAAAGACUUUGAAUACUAGAAACAUAAUGAAUUAGUAGUCAUAUCAUCAUUGUAACCAGCUAAGUUGACAAACUGAUGCAUUGGCAGUGAGAUCAGACUCUAAAAGAGCUUGAUAUUGCCUAUGUAGCAAAAUUUAGAGGAGCAAGAUUUAUAACCAGAACUUUACAUUUUUAUACUUUUUUGUGCAUGGAAGAUAUGCAGAUAGUUUUAUGCAGGCAAGCACAGAAAUGGAAAUAUUCUCUGUACUUUUUUUUAGUCAAAUUAUGUUUAAAGUUGUUGUUCCUCAUGUGACACAUACCUAACUUAGAUGUUCAAAUCUACAGCCUACCCAUUACAGUUGUACCAUAAUUCAAUAGGUUUAGCAGCUUAACUAACAGAUCUCUGUAGCUGAGCACUCCCUCAAUUCCCAAAGUCCUGCUUUGGAGUUCUAAUUCACUGUUUUGUCUUUAGUAUGAAAGCUGCCAGUUAGUAUGACUUGCAGCACUCUACUGCUGAACAGAAUGUAAAUGCAGUUAUUCUUUUACCUAAUCUUUCCAAGUAAAUUCAUCCCUCGAUUAAACAUGUUGUGUAGUGAUAUUGGGGUCAGAAGGGUUGAUGAGGCUGGUUGGAUAGUCUAAGAAAUAUUAUAAGAAUCCUUGGAAGGUGUUGAUCUGCACAAUCAAAAUUAAGUCUUUUCACUUUAUCCAUGUACUUGAAACAGGAAUUGACAAAAUAACUGGCUCAAGAUGUUGGCAGUUAAUUUAAUCUUUUCCAAAAACACAGUAUAAGCACCUUCUUUGACUUAACUUUGUAUUUGUGCAAAAUCUCGCAAAAUCUCUCAAAAUCUCCACCUUAAUUAGAACCAAUUAUUCUCAGGUUGUCUCCAAGCCUUCUGAUUUAAAACCAGUGUUUCUGCACUGUUCUUCACUUCCCAACACCACCUUAUUACCCUUCAAGUAUGUGUUACUCCUUUGAAGGCCUUAUGUUCUGAAAAAAUGGAACCAGCUACUGACAGUGAUGGCCAGCUACUUGAUUCUGUUGGACAGGGUUUGUUGGGACCAGACUUGUGGGAUAUGGAUGCACAUUAUUGUUUCCUAAUAUUGAAGUACACCUGGAGGGUGGUGUAGAACAGAGAACUUAUUCUUACAGGUAUUAAGAAAAAGAACAAGAUGGUAAAAGUUUUAUAGGAAGACUUCACAAGUGAGCUGAGCUGGAGCGGUCCACAUUGUCCAUAUGUGGGUGGAGAAGAAGAGAAGCAAAAAGUAAAAUUUACAAGAAAUAUUUAGUGGGGUGAAAGUUGCCAAAGCAUGAGUUGUUAAAGUCAUUAUUCUGAAGUACAAAUUUUAGAACAUUUCUCAGAAUGUUCUGAAUAACAUAAGAUUAACUGAACUAUUCAAAACCUCUAACACUCUAUAUUGACAAGGAGGUAAUGCCUUACAUGUGUUCCUAUUGUGCAGCACUGAAUCAUGAAGCUUAAUCUUCAAACCAAACCAAAGUAAAUGAAGACUUUACCAAAUUAAAGCUGUGAAUAGCACAGCAUCCAGCAGGAGAGUGCACUGCAAUGAUUUUGGAACCUACUAGAAAAUUGUAGACAUUAAAUUGAAAAAUAUAUAGGAACUGUGAAUAAUUUAUUUUUUUAUUGUACAUAACAGAACCCAAAUUGAUUACUGAUUAAUGUUUGGAUAUUUUUUAUUCCUAACAUUUUCUUUAUUUAGUUUUGAAACACAAAAACAAAAACUUUAGAUGUUGAAAUUCUGGUGAUAAAAUAGUACAUUGUUAGGUGAUGUUCACAACUUUCAAUAUACCUAAGUCUGCUCCCUGAUCAGAGACCACAAAACUCUGCCUCUGCCAUAAACAGGUAAUUGUAAAUUCACAAGGGUCAAAUGUAAUUCAAAUUGAUUUAAUCUUAGUAUGAUAUUUAGCUUAAAGAUAUUCAUAUGCACUUGUAAUAUCUCCUACUUUACAGAAGCAUUUGAUUAAACAGCUUUGUAUAUACACCAUGAUUCAAUGUGAAUUAUAUUUGGUAUUUUAAUGCACCUGAGUAGAAAACUAAUCUUUUUGAAGGUCAACAGUGCCAACUAGCAGUAUUAUUGACAGCAAUAUUGUGAGAUUUACCAAUGUCUUAUACCUAAAAUGCAUAUAUGUGCUUUUUCUCCCCCUCUGUAAUCCAGAAUAGACAUAGAAGCAAAGAAAAUAGGAUAGGAGUGGGCUAUUUGUCCUUCAGACCUGCUCCACCAUUCACUAUAAUCAAGGUUGAUCAUUCAACUCAGUGCACUGUUUCUGCUUUCUCUCCAUAAUCUUUGAUCCUUUAGCCCUAAGAAGUAUAUGCAACAAAUACAAUAUACAAAUAGACUGAAUAGUUAAUUUGAAAAGACAGAUUUGGGAUCUUUAUAAAUUUGCUUGAUAGUUACAAAGUGCAUAUAUUUCUGUUGAAAUUUUCUCAUUAUUUAAUUUCUCCCACUUCAUCAGACACGUGGGAAAUACUUAAGCAUGGAAUUGAACUUCGGACAAACGCAAAAUACUGAUGCUAAAUCAGAAAUAAAAACAAAAUGUAGGAAAUACUCAUCUGGCCAGGCAUCACCUGAGGAGGAUAAAAGAAAAUAACAUUUCAUCAGACAAAGUGUCAUAAUUGACUUCAAACUUUGAAUUCUGUCAGGCACACUGAAAGUUCCCUGGCUUUUCCUUACCAACUUCCUUAAAUAGUGGCACCACAUUAGCCAACCCCCAACCUUCUAGCACCUCAGCCAUGGCUGAGAUCCAAUAUCUCAGCAAGAAACCCAGAAAUCACUUCUCUGGCUUCCAACAAAGUUCUGGGAAACACCUGAUCAGUUCUUUGGAAUUUAUCUACCUUUGUGUUUUAGGAUAUUCACCACUACCACCUCUGAAACAUUGACACUUUUUUCAUGGUAUCACUGUUUAUUUCUCCAAGUUCUGUAGCUUCCAUAUCCUUCUCCACAGUAAAUACUGACACUAAAUACUCAUUUAGUAUCUCAUCCAUCUCUUGCAUUUCAACACAAGAAUGGUCUUAUUGAUCUUUAAGGGGCCUAAUCUCUCCCUAGUUGCUGUUUUUCCUUUAAUGUAUUUGUAGAAUUGCUUUGGAUUCUUCUUAACCCUGUUUGCCAAAGCUAUCUCAUCCCCUUUUUGUCCUCCUAAUUUCCUUCUAGAGUAUACUCCUACCACCCUUGUACUCCUUGAGGAAUUCACUCAAUCUCGGCUGUUUAUACCUGCCAUGUGCCUCCUCCUUUUUCUUGACCAGGGCCUCAAUUUAUCUAGUCUUCCAGCAUUAGCUACACCCACCAGCCUUGCCCUUCACACUAAUAGUUAUUGGAGGGGAUUCUGAGGGACAGGACUUGCAUGUAUUCGGAAAGGCAAGGACCGAUUAGUAAGAGUCAACAUGGCUUUGUGUGUGGGAAAUUAUGUCUUACUAACUGGAUUGAGUUUUUUGAAGAAGUGAUAAAGAAGAUUUAUGAAGGCAGUGUGGUGGAUAUUGUCUUUAUGGACUUCAGCAAGGUGUUCAACAAGGUUCUGCAUGGUGAACUGAUUGCCAAAGGUUAGAUAACAUGGGAUCCAGGAAGAGCAAGCCAACUGGCUUGAAAUUAGUUUGCAAGGUAGGAGACAGGGUGGAUGUGGAGGAGGGUGUUUUUCAGACUGGAGGCCUGUGACCAGCAUUGUUUUGCAAGGAUCGGUGCUGGAAUCGCUGCUUUUUGUCAUUUAUGUAAAAGGUUUGGAUGUGAACGUAGAAGAAAUGUUUAGUAAGUUUGUAGAUGGCACCAAAAUUGGUGGUGUAGUGGACAGUAAAGAAGGUUAUCUCAGUAUAAAGGAACCUUGAUCAGAUGGGCUGAAGUGUGCAAAUGGAGUUUAGUUUGGAUACGUGAGGUUCUACGUUUUGGUAAGAGAAGUCAAGGCAAGACUUGUACACUUAAUAUCAGGAUUCUAGGGAGUGUUAUCAAGCAAAGAAACUUUGGGAUGCAGGUUCAUGGUUCUUUGAAGGUGGGUUCACAGGCAAACAGGGUUGUGAAGGAGGAGUUUAGUACACUGACCUUUACUUGUUAGUGCAUUGAGUAUAGGAGUUGGGAUGUCAUUUGUGGCUAUACAAGACUUUGGUUAGGCCACUUCUGAAUCACUGCAUUCAAUUCUGGUCUCCCUGCUAUGAAAGGGUUCCAAAAAGAUUUAAGGAUAUUGCCAGAAUUGGAGAGUUUGAACCACAUGAAGAAGCUGAAUAGACUGGGUCUAUUUUCUCUGGAGCAAUGGAGGCUGAAGAGUGACUCCUGAGAGGCACAGAUAGGGUGAACAGUCAUGGUCUUUUUCCCAGGGGUUGGGGAGUCCAAGACUAGAAGGUAUUGUUUUAAGGUGAGAGGGGAAAGCUAUAGAAGGGACAUAAGUGGCAACUUUUUCACGCAAAGGGUAGUGUGUGUAAGGAAUGAGCUGCGGAAGUGGUGGAGGAUGAUAAAAUUGCAACAGUUAAAAGAUAUCUGGAUGGGUAUAUAAAUAGGAAGUCUUUUUAGAGGGCUCUGGGCCAAAUACUGGCAAAUAGGACUACAUCAGUUAGGAUAUCUGGCCAGUAUCGAUGAGUUACUUCAAAGAGUCUGUUUUGAUGCUGCACAAUUCUGCACAGAUGCCGCCUGACCUACUGAGUAUUUUCAACAUUAAUGCAGAUCGUGGAACCUGGCUACGCAAGUUUAAGAAGGAUGGUGUCACAAAAUAAUAUCACCUCUGUAUGGGAAAAUUGCCUCAGUGCCUGACAGUUUUCCUAUUACAGUUUCCUCUGUGAGGAGUUUAACUUUAGAAUUAAAGAGUGAGCCUCACUGCAUUGGUUGUGAAAUCUUGGAAUUAUAGUGCCUGAUUUUUUUUUUGUGGGUGUGAAAAUGUAGUUUAGCUCUGCUCUUGCCAUAGAUGACACAAAAACAGAAUUAUUUUCAACAAAAUUGUUGAAUAAUUGAAAUAAGUUGAAUCGGGACGACAAAAUGAUAGCAAAGUCUAGAAACAGAAUUGUACAUGAGUCUGAAAUAAAAAUAAAGUACCUUUCUACAAUGAUUUGGCUACCUGUUUUGACAAUUUACUCAUAUCAUUAGUCUAUGAAUACACGUAUUUUACACUUAGUCUUCUUCAAUCUAAAAUUUACAGAAUUAAGAAAGAUCUUCUUAAAAUAAAGCGCAAGGUAAUUCCAAACCUACAUCCCCAUAGGAGUGAGAGGAGAAACAUUGCAAAUAUAUAAUCAAUGACAUAUGUGUCCUAUGGAAUCUUAAACACUCAUCCCACAAAAACUUCAGAAGAUCUUGUAUUCAAGUGUUAAACUUGUGGAUGUUUCUGAUAUAUCAAUAAAUUGA